GCCCUAAGCAGGUACAGCGAUUGCGUACCGCAAUCUCGGAGUACGAGCAAGAUCGGUGGCGAUUGAUUGCUGCCAAAGUUGGAAGCGGGUUCUCGCCGGCAGCAUGCAGGGAGAAGGCCCGGGAGAUCUCAGAUACCGAACAUGAGCCAUCACCACAGUAGUGAUGUGUGUACCGUGCGCUGCUGCUGCAAUACCCGCCGGAUUAUCGCCACGGAUAUCUGGGCGAUAUCACAUUUCUGGUUUCAUGGUCCCCACCCCUCCUUGUUCCCUGGACCUUCCGAAAAGCGAUGACGGCGGCGGCGGAAUAUUUAUUUUCUUGGUUGGAAAGCCGAAAUCGGACGAAGCUGGUUAUCCUCCGUGUCGUGAUGUCGUUCCCCGGGAACAUGCAAAGAUUUUUUUGAAGGCUGAGAGGCUGACGACACUUUCAUGUCUCUUAUAUGUUCUCUUUCUCUUGUUUUGUUUUGUGGUUAUAUGUUUCCGGAUCGUGAAUUCUUUUUUUUGCAACUGGCAUACCUUAAUCUGUUUGGGUUUUGCGCGCGCGGGGAGGGGGGAUUGGAUUGGGUUGGAUGGGAUUGGAGCGGCGUUUGAGAAAUCUUUUUUCCUAUGGAAGUUUUUUUAUUUUUUUUAUUUUAUAAAGGCUGUGGGUGUUCUUUCUGUUUCUCUUUUCCGUUUCGUUCUGGGUGACGAUAUACCGGCCGCGGCGGCGCGAUGUAUGAGUGUGUGUGUUUUUUUUCUUCGGAAGCCGUCAUUGAUUUCUGUUCUGUCUGUAAUUUUCAAUUGCCCUAUUUUUUCCUUAGUCUUGCACCUUCUUGGCCGUUUUGGGUGAUGAUACCCGGUUUUAUUGGUUGCUCAGUGGCUGGUCGACGGGGGUAAAUUUGUCUGGCUCUUUUCAGCCUCGAUCGAUCUGGUUCGGAGGUUUUCUUGCUCCCGUGCAUUUGUGGGUAUCGUUUCUCGGUGGUGGAAGGAUGAGAAGGGAAGACAGUAUAAGAAAGAGCCGUCCUGUGCUUUGCUUUACUGUGCUGUCCUGUGUGCUG